AUGGGCAAGGACGACUAUGUGGCAACGGUCCUCGCAAGGACAGAUGUGCCCAAUGAGCUGCGGCCCUACUAUGAAAAGUUCGGCGAACUCCGAGACAAGCGACUCUGGUACCAGCUGACGCUGCAGAUAGAAGAGUUUCUUCGACACCCAGCGUCACAGCAGCGGCCGCUACAUAUCGACCUGUACGAACACUUUAUUCGUUCCUUUGCACAGCAUGUCAACCCACUGCGUCUUGCUAGUUUUGGCGUGAUUGUGUCGCGCCAGUACGAAGACGCUUCUGAGGCCAUGGCUUUCCUUCAAAAACUUGCCGGUGAAAGUGAUCAUCCCGACACACAAGAUGCGCAUGUGCUUCUCACCAUGGAGGCUGCUCACUUCCAGCUUCUUUUGAACGAUCUGAAUGGCACGAAAAGCGCCAUGGACAGAUGUGCCAAGCUGCUCGAUACAUUCGAAUCCGUCGAGCCCGUGGUCCAUGCCUCCUACUACCGCGUGUGUGGCAAUUACCAUAAGGCCAAGGCGGAAUACGCCGACUACUAUCGUAACUACCUGCUAUUCCUUGCGUGCAUCCAUGUCGACGCCGACAUGUCGAAAGGCGAGCAGGUACAGUGCGCGCACGAUUUGAGCAUUUCGGCGUUGUUAGGCGACACCAUCUACAACUUUGGCGAGCUGCUCCUGCACCCGAUUCUCACGACGCUCCAAGGAUCCGAUUUCGCUUGGAUCUCUGAUCUGCUGUAUGCUUUUAACGCCGGUGAUAUGGGCCGCUUUGAAGCGCUGCUCCCACGCCUGCCCAGUGAGCCCAUCCUGUAUGCUCAUGUGCCAUUCCUGCGCCAAAAAAUCUGCCUCAUGGCGCUGAUCGAAAGCAUUUUCCACCGGCCCACGUACGACCGCACGCUUUCGUUCAAAACGAUCGCGUCUGAGACUCGCAUACCCGUGGAUGAGGUGGAGCACCUCGUGAUGAAAGCUUUGUGCCUUGGUCUGAUUCGCGGCUCCAUUGACCAAGUGGAUCAGCUCGUGCAUAUUACCUGGGUCCAGCCGCGCGUCCUCGAUACCGCUCAGACUGAGGCACUUCUUCGUCGUCUUUCAGACUGGAGCGAUCAUGUCGAGCAAGUCGCCGAGUUUGUACAGAAGCAGUCGCCUGAGCUCUUUGUCCAUGCCCACUAG